UUUAUUUUGAAAGACGCUUCAGUAGUUUCAGUCUUCACAGACUCUUAGCUGAGUCUUCUUCAUUUCCCCGCUACAAACGUUUACGUUAUACGUGUUUUUGUUUUAUAGCCAUGUGGAUUAUUUUGUGUGUUGAUCAGUAACACACACUUGAACUGAUGGGUGGGAAGAAGAAGAAGAAGUCUGCAGCAGGUCUCGCUGUUACUGCAGCGUCUGAAUCCACCGGCAAACACAAACCACACCACGAGAAGGAAAACAAACCCAGGGUUCCCAAAACAUACAGUCUUAACACUAAUGCACAGACUGACUCCAGCAGUGUGUCUGAUAAAUCAAUACUGAAGGUUGUUAUCCAACCAGAACUGGAGAAGAAGGUGAUCAAGUUGAUUAAUGAUUACAGACAAGAACAUGCUGAUAAAGGACCGAUAUCUGGCAGACUCACCUCCAAAAAGCUGCUGGAUCUGUAUACAGCUCUGCAGAUGUUCCGGUUUAAGACCGAGCACAUCGAGGAGGCCAUGAAGAGCAGUAUGCUGUAUGGAGGCGACCUGCACUCGGCGCUCGACUGGCUCUGUCUGAACCUCAGAGACGAUGAGCUACCGGAAGGAUUCAGCCAAAAGAUGCAGGAGGAGAAACAGAAGACUCGCCCCAAGUUUCAGGCUCCUAAAGAGGACGAGAAACAAACAGUGGCCAAGAAAGAGGCAUCUAAAGAGGACGAGAAACCAAAGGCAAAGACUUGUGUAAAAGACAGCGGUGGCAGUAUGAAGGAGUGGAUACUGCGCUACGCUGAACAGUCUGAAGAUCAGAGCAGUGAAGACGAUGAAAUCAAGGACUCGAGUGUGAUUAACCCAGAGCUGGAGGAGAAGUUUGAUCCUAAUGACAGAUACCUGCUGCUGAGCGCUCAGCUGUAUGACGCGAAGGAGAUGGCUGCAGAAUCUAAAGCCAAGAAAGACAAAGCAGGGCAGAGGACAGCGCAGGACCGGAUCAGAGUCAUCCAGCAAGAAAUGAAGUCUUUGGAGAGUCAUCCGAUGUUUAACUCGGCUAUCAAAGUUAAAGACACUCCCAAAGAGGAAAAGAAGCCAGUUACACUCACUGAUGGCAAGGAGGACCUCAACUUCAACAUCUUUGAGCAAGCAGACACACCGCCAGCAGAAAAAACUGAGAAACAGGAGAACGAGCCCAAAGAUAUUCGUAACUUUGACUACACGUCAAGGAGCUGGACUGGCAAGUCUCCAAAACAGUUUCUGAUUGAUUGGUGCAGGAAGAACCUCCCGAAGAGCCCUCCGCCAUCCUUCCAGAAAGUUGCAGUCGGAAGAUAUUGGAAAUGCAGAGUUCGGAUUCAGAGGCCUAAUGAUGUUUUGGAGGUUUGUCCCACUAUCCUGACUGAGGACGGCAUGCAGGCCCAGCACUUAGGAGCCACGCUUGCCCUUUUUAACCUAGUCAAAGGACAGUCGGUGCAUCAGCUUCUGCCGCUCACCUACCGUGAGGUGUGGCUUGAGUGGAGAGACAGCGAACAAAAAGAAGAGGAGCAAACCCGCUCCGCCAUCAACAAACCACGUGACCAGUUCAUCGCACAUCUUCUCACCCGCCUCAAACAGCAACAGACCCUUCAACCGCAGGCCGAGCAGCAGGGUCUUCAGGAUGCUGAACUGGAAGACUCCUGGGAAAACCUAGACAUGCAGGAGGACCACGAGCCCCAGUGCAAAGGAGGCUUCAUGGCGGAGGAGAUGUCCCGGAGACUGUUCCUCAAACUGCGGAGCUCGGCUCUGGCUCGCAGGCUGCUAGUCGAGAGGGAGCAGCUGCCAGUCUUCCAGCAGCGUCAGAUGGUGCUCGAGGCUCUGCGGUGUCACCGUGUGCUGGUGAUCGCUGGGGAGACGGGGAGCGGGAAGAGCACACAGAUUCCUCAGUUGAUCCUGGAGGAGCUCCUGGCUAAUGGGGAGGCCGCGCAGCCUUGCAAUGUGGUGGUGACGCAGCCCAGAAGGAUUUCAGCCAUGAGUCUGGCCAGCAGGGUGUCGCAGGAGCUGGGGUGCGAGGACGGACCGGGAGCCAAGAGUUCACUGUGUGGAUACCAAAUCCGGAUGGAGAACCGCUCUGGGGACGCCACACGACUGCUGUACUGCACCACUGGAGUCCUGCUGCGCAAACUACAGCAGGACCGGCUCCUCAGCUCCCUCACACACAUCAUCGUGGACGAGGUUCAUGAGCGGAGCGUACAGUCAGAUUUUCUCCUCACCAUACUGAAAGAAGUGGUUCAUAAGCGCUCAGAUCUGCAUUUGAUAUUGAUGAGCGCUACAGUGGACUGUCAAAAGUUUGCCAACUACUUCAACCGCUGUCCUGUGGUCACCAUACCUGGCAGAACUUUCCCUGUGGAGGUGUUUCACCUGGAGGAUAUUGUGGAGGAGACGGGUUACGUUCUGGAGAAGGACUCGGAGUACAGUCAGAAGUUUGUGGAGGAGGAAGAGGAAGUCAGCAUCAACAUCACACAGAAAGGAGGAAAGACUUUUCAGCACCAGGAGCUGAUCAUGAGGGACUCCGGCUCAGGCUUGGAUCUGGGCCCUGAGCUGGAUCAUUUCAGCAAACGGACGCGACACGUCCUGCAGUAUAUGAACCCCAAUAAGAUAAAUAUGGAUCUGAUAUUAGACAUACUGGAAUACCUGGAUAAAUCGCCUCAGUUUCGUGAUGUGGAUGGUGCGGUUCUGAUCUUCCUCCCAGGCCUGGCUCAUAUUCAACAGCUAUAUGAUCUAGUGACCACCGACAAGAGGUUCAGCUCAAAGGACAGAUAUAAGCUGGUUGCCCUCCACUCCACUCUGUCAUCUCAGGACCAGUCUUCUGCUUUUACAGUGCCCCCUCCUGGAGUCAGAAAGAUUGUUCUGUCCACAAACAUCGCUGAGACUGGCGUCACCAUUCCUGACGUGGUCUUCGUCAUCGACACAGGAAAAACUAAAGAGAAUCGGUAUCAUGAAAGCAGUCAGAUGAGCUCUCUGGUGGAGACCUUUGUGAGUAAAGCCAGCGCUCUGCAGAGGCAGGGGAGGGCAGGACGUGUUCAAGAGGGCUUCUGUUUCCGCCUUUACCCCAAAUUCAGAUUUAAGAGCUUCAUUGACUACUCCAUUCCUGAGAUUCUCAGAGUGCCUUUGGAGGAGCUUUGUCUUCAUAUUAUGAAGUGUGAAUAUGGUUCUCCAGAGGAUUUCCUGUGUCAAGCUCUCGAUGCACCUCAGCAGCAGGCUGUGUGUAAUGCUGUCAGUCUGCUGAGGAAGAUCGGCGCCUGUCAGCAAGAUAGCUACACCCUCACACCACUCGGCCAUCACUUGGCCGCCCUUCCUGUCAACGUCAAGAUCGGGAAAAUGCUCAUUUUUGGUGCCAUCUUUGGCUGCCUGGAACCCAUUGCCACCAUCGCAGCGGCCAUGUCUGAGAAGUCCCCCUUUGUUACUCCUAUGAACAGGAAGGAGGAGGCCAACCUGGCUAAAUCUGCUCUAGCAGUCGCAAACUCAGAUCACAUGACCAUCUACAAUGCUUACCUUAGGUGGAAGAGCUCUCGGAGCGAGGGAACGCGUGCUGAGAUGGCUUUCUGCCAGAGACACUUCCUGAGCCGCAACGCUCUCCUGACCAUUGAGGAUGUGAAGCGGGAGCUCAUUAGGAUGGUGGAGCAGGCCGGUUUCACUGCUUCCAAGCCCAGCCGAACUCCUCGCUCUCGGCCCGGCGCUGAACCCAAAGCCCUCGGCUCGCUCUCCCAGCAGGACGUCUCUGUCCUCAAAGCCGUGUUGACUGCGGGUCUGUAUGACAGCGUGGGCCGUAUCCUCUGCACUCCCUCUCUGGACGUUCAGGAGCGGGUGGUGUGUGUGGCUGAGACGGCUCAGGGAAAGGCCCACGUUCACCCCUCCUCAGUCAACCGCUUCCUACAGACACACGGUUGGCUGCUCUUCCAGGAAAAGGUGAAGUACACUAAGGUGUUUCUAAGAGACACUACGUUGAUCUCUCCUUUAUCAAUGCUGCUGUUUGGAGGUGAUAUUGAUGUGCAGCACAGGGAGAGACUCAUCUCUCUGGAUGGAUGGAUCUGUUUCCAGGCUCCAGUCAGAAUUGGCGUGAUCUUCAAACACCUUCGCAAACUGAUCGACUCCCUCCUGGAGAGGAAACUGGCCAACCCCAAAAUGAAUUUGGAAGAUGAGAAAACCAUACAAAUCAUCACAGAACUGAUCAAGUCAGAAAACAUGCUCUGAGGAAGUGCCUGCUUGUGCUCAAUCAUGAAUUACUGAAAUGCUGACGAUCCUCACUGAGGGCUGAGAACGUAAAUGAUAUUGCCAAACCAGAAUAAAAAUAUUUUAAGACAAAUAAAAUGAAA